UGUUACUGCGUUGUUACCAACAAAACCUGCAGCGAGGAAACACAUCAAAGACAUCUCGUGAGGACCUACAUGGAGCCUCUUAUUGUCGAGGAAUACACAUCGCUCUAUUGACCUGGCUCGGCUUUUCGGCUAUUUGGAUAAAGGCCCAGGGAAGAGUUUUUGGUUUUGUUUUUUUUUGCAUUUUUUGUGUCUUUUAUCCCAAAGCUGGGGAAACAUAUUGGAACGUCAGAGACUUUUACGCGAAGCUUUAAAGUUUUCGCCACAAUAAUUGGUAAGGGCUUUCGCCACCGAUACAUCAGCACAUUUUUAGACCUGUACUGUUGUCACGUUAUCCAUAUAAAGCUGUAACCCUUACAUGACUGUUGAGGAUUACAAAUGAAAUCGUCACCUAUUAAAUCGUGAUGUAUGCCUUUAGAAAUGACCUAUAGGCUGAGUGUGACACUUGGAAGAUAUUGCAGCUUUUCUACCGGUGCAAGGCAGCGUCAGUAUAUCCGUACAGUAUAAAGCAUGUGGGGAAGCAAUAUUCUCGCCUACAAACAUGUAAUGGGCAUAUUCUAUACAUAGUGCAUAGACUGACUGUAAUCUAUGCAGCCACUCUAAUUAUGGAGCGAAUUAGUGGCGUUCAGCAGAUGCAGAUGAUCCCCGACCAUGUCCUAAAAUCACAAGCUUAUUGGACAAUAACCCUUAAUUGAUAUACUGAGAUAAGACUAGCCUAUCCUUUGAGAACUGGACUCUGAACUGGACUCUGAAUUUGAUGACUAAUUAAAUUGAUCAGAGCUAUAAUACAGGACUAUUGAAUGCCCCCCCCCCCCUCCUCCCUCCGGUUCCAAGUUUGCUGUCAGCACAAUGCAGGUCUUGUAUCAGCACCGUCCAAGUAAAACUCCACCUGUUUCACCUGUGAAGAGCCGCCCAUCUGCCGCUGGGGGGCGCUGUAGUAUCUGUAUGUAGAUUAUACAGCUCAUCCACAUCGUUCCCAUCGUAAUGUAUAUGCAUGGGCCCACUGCGAAAUGAUCUCCCCCGAUUGUUAAAUAUGAGUUACGCUCAUUUGAUGAUACAGCAAAGUAAGAAAUGGAAAACACGAAUUACUAAUUGGGACUGUCAUUUUGAGGUUUAGUUUAAAAUUCCAAUGAGACAUCAGAUAGUCCUACGCGACAUUUGGGCCUACGGACCACUGCCACGAUGGAAGCUCUGAUGCUCCAACUCCAACGCACCUAGAUAUAACCACCUGACGCCCUGAUGUGCUUUGCGUUCUCGGUUCGCUCGUCAUCGCGGGCUGUCGCCCGCUCACCCCCUCGUCAGAUUUCACAGCGCCAAGUCCCACACUGAAACGGCCUGCUUGAAUCUGUGUAAUAAUGUUCACGUUAAAGCCAGUGUAAACUGCAUUCAUUUGCUCAUUUUGCUACCUAUCCCGUAUAUGCCAUGAUCCCAUUGGGCGUCCAAAAGCUCUGAGGUAAUGUAGUAUUGGGACAGAUUUCGCUAUCAUUCAUCAUGAAUGGCCGGGUCUUGUCGGCUCUCCACGUGGGAGCGGAUAACUUUGUUUAAUUGGUUAAGGGCGUCCGCCGCUCGUCAGCGUCCUCUAGGUGCUCUCGUGUGAUUGGACAAUGGUCCUCGCUGCUGUGGGCGUGCCUUAUCUCCGGUGGAAGUAGCGUACUUUGUGCUCAUGUCCAUUGUCGAGGUUUCCUUGGAGCUGCUGUGGGGAAGUCUACUAGCGCACGACGGAUAGCCGAUCUGUACAAGGCUCUGCGGGUGAAAUAUCAUGCAUUUAGCCUUUUAGAAGCUCGAAGACUUAUUGGAAUUGGAAAGAUAUACUUCUCCUAUCUCGACCUGUCCUCGUAUUUUUCUAUUCCAAGGCUAUCGAAUGGACCAACACCCCAGCGCCCGCAGCUGCACCAGCCGAGGGGCUCCGUCCUGCGAGGCCGUCCCGAGUGAACCCUCCAUGAAUUUGUACAUCCAUUCCACUACCGGCACACGCUUCGAGCUGUCCAUCCCCUCCGAGGAGACCGUAGAGGGGCUGAAGAGGAGGCUGUCCCAGAAACUCAAAGUACCCAAGGAGCGACUGGCGCUGCUGCACAAAGAGACGCGACUAAGUUCGGGCAAACUCCAGGAUCUGGGGAUCUUAGAUGGGAGCAAGUUGACACUUGUUCCAACUGUUGAAGCAGGCUUAAUGUCUCAAGCAUCGCGACCCGAACAGUCUGUCAUGCAAGCCUUGGAGAGCCUCACAGAAACACAGGUGAGUGACUUCCUGUCCGGCCGCUCGCCCCUGACCCUGGCCCUGCGGGUCGGCGACCACAUGAUGUUCGUCCAGCUGCAGCUGGCGGCGCAGCAGGCGGGGGCGGCCGUCCAGCACAGGCACCUCAUCGCCAGGGGCAACGGCGAGGUGCCCGCCGGGCAGCCCGUGGGGCAGCCCCGCGUCCCGUACCCCCACCCCCACCCUCACCCCCACCCCCACCACCAGACCCACCCCCACCCCCACCCCCACCCCCACCCUCACCUAUCCCCUGCCCAACUGGUCCCCUCCGCCCCCCACCCCACCGGGCCCCCCUCCCACUGUAGCCCCCCGACUCCCCCUCCCCCUCCCCCGGCCACCCCCCCGCCCCACGCCCCCCGCCUGGCCCACCUGCCGGGGGGUCUCUUCCGCUCGCCGGUCCACCACAACCACCACCACCACCAUCACCACCACCACCCCCACCCCCCCAGCCCCAGCCCCACCCCCGCCCCCCAGGCCCACCACCAGCAGCCCCCCCCGUCGGCCCCGGCUGCUGCCGCCCCCCCGAGCGGACUGGCCAGCUCCACAGGCCCCUGCCCCGAGGCCAGCUGUAGUUCCAAGGGCCCCAGCAGCCCCGGCACCAGCCCCUCUUCCCGCUCCCGGAAGCCCGGUGCCAUCAUCGAGAGCUUCGUCAACCACGCCCCUGGGGUCUUCUCCGGGACGUUUUCAGGCACUUUGCACCCCAACUGCCAGGACAGCACGGGGCGUCCCCGGCGCGACAUCAGCACCAUCCUGCAGAUCCUCAACGACCUCCUGAGCGCCACGCGCCACUACCAGGGCGUGCCGCCCUCCCUCACCCAGCUGCGCUACCAGACCCAGUGCGGCUCGCCCGGCCCCGUCUCCCCCUCCCCGCCGCCCUCGCCCCUGUCGCCCCCGGUGACGGGCGCGCCCGGCCUCUCCUCCAAAGCUACCUCGGUGCCUCCCGCCUCCGUGCCCAGCUGCCCGCCGCCGGCGCUUCAUCCACUGGUGCAGUGCCAGAGCCAGAUCCGCAUGUGCAAGCCCCCAGCCGACCGCCUGCGGCAGACGGAGAACCGCGCCACCCGCUGCAAGGUGGAGCGCCUGCAGCUGCUGAUGCAGCAGAAGCGCCAGCGCCGGAAGGCGAGGCGGGACGGGCGGGCGCCGUACCAGUGGCUGCCCCACCGCCGGGCCGGCCGCAGCAGCAGCAGCAGCAGCGUGUCCAGCGAGGGCUCCCUGGAGCUGGACAUGGAGCUGGACUCGGUGUGGAAGCCCGACGUCAAGGCCGACAUGAAGCCCGAGUUCGUCAUGGCCUGAGUCGUCAUGGAGGCGGGCCUUCGUUGUCGUGGCGACGAGACCCCCCACCCCACCCCCCCCCCCCCCCCUCUCCGACCAUCCAACACCACACCACAGGGGGAGGAGGAGGAGGAGGAGGAGGAGGAAGAGGAGGAGGAGGACGACGGGCGAGUGUUUUGAUUUGAAGGGGGGGAGGUUUAAGUUUGGUCGAUCUGGAGUUUUUUCGUAAGAGGGGGUGUGUGAGGGGGACCCCCCCCCCUCCGGGCUGAAGCCGUGGAAUUCUCAAAGAGGAAAUGAAAAGCGGGCCGCUCCGAAGAUACCU